AAAACUCCUCCUGUUCUUAAGCCGUUGGUGGGGUGGCUGUGGCAGCCCCUCCCUCCGAGGCAGGCUCUUUCAGGAUGGAGGCCCCCGCUCCAACCCCUCAAUCCCGAAUUUUGGGCCGCUCCUCCAUGUCCCGCUUUUUCCGUAGCCUGGUGAGGAGCAAGGGCAGCCCAAAGAGCUCUGACAAGGCCCUGAAAGGAAGUCGGGCAUGCCCCUCGCAAGAGCAAGACGCCACCCCACUGAUGAUGAACUGCCAGGGAGGGGUGGGGAGGAAGGAGCCAAGGCCAUCCACCACACCGCCCUACAUGUUCUCUGUGGCCCUGCCACGGCAGGAUCCCCUGGGGCUAGGGGUGGGGGACACAAGGGCCCAGACGCCCACUCCCAUGGAAGUCCUGAGGGUGGGGGCCCAGGAUGUAGAGGUGAAGCCCGUCCUGCCCAGGGGAAGCCAGGAAGUGCUGGGCAGCCUGUCUGAGAAAGAGGAAAGACAAGAAGCAAAGGAGGAGCCAGCAUGGGAGGCCUCCCGGGAUUCAGGGACCUCAGACAGGGGCCACAUUGCUCAAGCUUUGGAGGUGGAGCAAGGAUGCCUGCAGAGGGCCAUGAGGCCCCCGGAGGUCAACCCCGAGACCUUCACCCAGGAGGAGGAGAAGGACUGGCUGCUUGACAGAGACCUCAGGCCGGCCUCUUCGAAGAUGGGGGGAACUCCUUGGAACCGCUUCCUCACCUUGUACAAGCACCGUCAGAAGUCAGCCCUGGCCAAGUUUCCUCUCAAGGAACGCUUUCCUGAUGAGAAAGGCAAGAAAGAGGAAAUGGAGGAGGACGGCUCAUUCAAGAUCUGUGUCCCAGGCAUUGUGACCCUGCAGUCACCUCUGCAUAAGGCGUUUAGGUCAACAGAUACAGUGGGUUUCGUGGAGUCGGAGUUAAAGAAGCUUUUGGUAGUACAACGGGAGUCCCGCCUCUGGAAGAUGGGCAGCCGCGAGGGCCGGGAGCUGCUGAACCAGCCAGAGAUCACACUGGAGGAGGCGGGCAUUGUGGACGGCCAGCACCUGCUCCUGGAGGAGAUGGACGAGAUGGGAAACUGGCCUCCGGAGUGAAGCUGGUGCUGGCGUCGAGUCUGCCCUGCUCCCAGAUCCCUUCAACCUGACGAGGGACUUAGCCUCCCUCUUCUGAGGGCACAUCUAAGGAGCCCCAGGGGCCAAGGGGUCUUGGGAUAAAUGAAAUCCAUGUGUCUGCAGGGUAGGUCUGCCCAGCAGAAUGUUCCUACCUAUCAGACUUAGGCCUGUGAUAUUAAUAAAACCCACUUUGACUUUGGC